AUGGAUGCUGCUGCCGGUGGUGCGGCAGGCGGGCUGGAGGUGGUGGUGUUCCCGUGGCUAGCGUUCGGGCACAUGAUCCCUUUUCUUGAGCUCUCAAAGCGCCUGGCGGAGAGGGGCAACGCCGUCACCUUCGUGUCCACGCCACGGAACCUCGCGAGGCUCCCGCCCAUGCCGGCGCACCUGUCAGCCCGCCUCCGCUUCAUGCCGCUGCAGCUGCCGGCCGUGGAGGGGCUGCCGGAGGGCGCCGAGUCAACGGCCGACGUGCCGACCGACAAGAUCGACCUGCUCAAGAAGGCCAUGGACGGGCUCGCGGCCCCGCUCGCGGCUUUUCUCAUGGACACCGUCGCCGCCGGGAGGAGGCCGGACUGGAUCGUCCUCGACUUCUGCCACCACUGGGUGCCGCCCAUCGCCGACCAGCACAAGGUAGCAUGCGCCCUGUUCCAGAUCCUCCAUGCCGCCUUCGUGGCCUUUCUGGGGCCGCGUUGGGCGAACGCCGCGCACCCGCGCACGGAGCCGGAGCACUUCACCGUGCCGCCCAAGUGGAUCCCCUUGCCGUCCACCACCUUCUUCCUCCGCCACGAGGCCGAGUGGAUCGCCAGCACCUUGCGCACCAACGCGUCAGACGUGUCGGACGCAGACCGCACGUGGCAGGUCUUCGAGCGUUGCCGCCUCGUCAUCUGCCGUAGCUGCCAUGAGCUGGAGCCCCGGAUGUUCGCCCUCCUCUCCGAUCUCUUACGGAAGCCCGCCGUCCCCUCCGGGAUUCUGUUACCGGCGGCACCCGACGACCACCGGAAUAGCAGCUCAGGUGGCGUCGACCCUCACCACGUCCUGCGAUGGCUCGACGACCAGCCUCCCAAGUCUGUCAUCUACGUCGCGCUGGGGACCGAGGCGCCACUGACGCUAGAGAACAUCCAUGAACUCGCGCUCGGGCUGGAGCUCGCCGAGGUGCGAUUCCUCUGGCUGCUAGGCAAGCCUGCUGGAAGCAACAAAGUCGCCGGGCCAUUGCCGGCCGGGUUCGAGGAGCGGACGCGGGCGCGCGGUGUCGUCUGCACAGGGUGGGUGCCACAGAUGAAGGCGCUCGCGCACGACGCCACGGGCGCGUUCCUAACACACUGCGGGUGGGGCUCCACCAUCGAGAGCUUUGCGUUUGGGCUUCCACUGGUCAUGCUCCCGUUCAUCAUCGACACGCCUAUCAUCGCACGGUCGAUGGUGCAGAGAGGGAUCGGUGUGCAGGUGGCGAGAGACGAGAGAGACGGCUCCUUCAACAGGGACGGCGUCGCCACAGCGGUGCGGCGCGUCAUGUCGGAGUAUGAGGGAAAGGUGUUGGCGACCAAUGCCAAGAAGCUGAAGGAGGUUGUCGUGGACGAGGGGCGCCAGGAGCAGUACAUCCACGAGCUCGAGGAACACCUGAGACGCUACAAAGACGUGUAA